AUGGCGCCGGUACCUAUAUAUGUUAAAGGUGGCAUAUGGACCAAUAUUGAAGAUCAGAUUUUGAAAGCAGCUAUACAGAAGUAUGGUACGCAUCAAUGGAGUAAAAUAUCUUCUUUACUGCAGAAGAAAUCUGCUAAACAAUGUGAAUUACGAUGGAAUGAAUUUUUGAAUCCUACUUUAAACUUGAGUGCAUUUACGAAAGAGGAAGAUACAAAAUUAUUAGACUUGGCCAGAAAAAUACCCAAUCAAUGGAGAACGAUAGCUGAUUUAAUGGGACGUCCUGCACAGUUGUGUAUGGAUCGUUAUAAUGAUUUAUUGUCAAAUCAUCUAAGCAGAGAAGAAGUUUCAAAAAAUGGAGGAACUGAAGAUGAUUUGUUACAAUUUCAAAAAUCAAUGGAUUUUAAACUGGGUGAAAUGAAUCCUGUUGCUGAAUCACUUGUUGCUAAACCAGAUAAUGGUGAGUUAGAAACAGAUGAGAAAGAGAUGCUCGAAGAAGCUAAAGCACGUUUAAUGAACACACAAGGUAAAAAAGCCACAAGAAAAAUACGAGAGCGUAUGUUAGAACAAUCUAAACAUAUUGCCGAGUUACAAAGAAGAAGAGAACUAAAACAGUCUAAAAUUGAUACAAAACUUAAAAAAGGAAGAAAACGGUAUGCGACUGAAAUCGAUUAUAAUGAAGAUAUCAUUUACGAGCAAACCCCUAUCGAGGGUCUUUACGAUACGACAGAAGAAGAUUUAAGACUUAACAAAAAGUUGAAGACUUUUGAAAGAAAAGUUGAUAAGCAUGGAUUACAGAAAACCGAUGACGAGAAACUAUUAGAGUUACAGUUAAGGGCAAGAAAAGAACAGAUAAAAGCCAAGAAAACAGAAAAGCCAAAACAAGCGAUUGGAAAAGAUGAAGCAUUGUUAACUAAACUCACUGGAACUGACAGCAUAUUAACAAAUGAUUACAAAAAACCAAAAUUGAUAUUAUCGAAACCAGGUGAAAGUGAAAAAGAUUAUGAUAUAUUAUUAACAAGGAAAACAGCUGGCAUAGUUGCUAAUAAAAGCAUGACCCCCAUAUUAGAUAUACCCUUGUUUGAUGAAACAGAGGAAAUAAAACACCAUAAAAACACAGAAGAUUUCAAAAGUUUAGACCCCGAGUUAGAGAAGAAAGCAUUGGUCCUAAACAUCAGAAGAUUGUUUAAAAAUUUACCAGAACCAGAGAAUAAUUUUGAAAUAUUAUUGGACGAUGCUGAAGAAGAAGAAGAGAAUGAAGAAAGAGACAAUAGCAAUCCAGAAUCUUUGCCAACAGAGAUCAAAGAAGCACGGAAAACUACAUUAGAAAAUUUACAGGACCAAGUUAACUCUACCUUUGAUGGAGAAAUUGAGCUUGAGUUGAAAUGUCUUCAUAAUAAGAAUCUUGUCACACCCAGUUUUAUUGAAACACCAGCAGACGAGUUUGACCACAAAAUGAACGAGUUAAUUGCUCUCAAGACAAAUCAUUUACAUUAUAAAACGUCAGAACACAGUCUAGAUGAUUUAUCCAAAAUUGAAGAGUUAAUGAGUGCGAUUAAGAUGCCACCAAGCAUUAAAAUAGAAGAUAACACGCAAAACAUAGGGAACGCAACUUCUACCGACAAAAUGGUGUUAGAACAAACCAUAUUAAACACAGCCGAUAGAAUCAAAACUCUCAGAGAAGAUUUGAAAUAUAUAGUUCCUUUAGAGACUGACAACCAUGAAAUCAACAAGGCACUUGUAGAGAACAGCAUCCCAGAUCUAAGAGCUUUACAACAUAGAUACUACGUCAACUAUAAAAUGUAUCAAAAAGAAUCAAAAGAACUUAGAUCAAGAAAGACUUUCAUCAAUCAACAUAUCAUUGAAAGCACUUCAAAAUAA